AUGGAACAAGAUGUUGUAAAUUUGAAAAACCAUACUACUCGAUAUAAAGUACUGAAAGAUGAAGAAAUAAAACAAAAAGCCCUGAAGACAUAUAUGGAUAGCGAUGAGUAUAAAAAAGAAGUUGAAGCAAAUGUAAAGGCAGAAAAACUUUUACAGUUGCAAAACCAAACCGUACAGUAUGAAAACUUAGCACAAGAAAGUAAAAAUAACGACGCAGCCAUGCAAAAGGCAAUGAAAAGCGCAGAAUAUAUAAAAGCUAACAAUGACUGGUUAGAUGCCCAAGCCAACGCUAAAGCAGCCCAACUUAUAGGGUCAAUAAGGACAAAAAUACAAGCGGAUGAAGACAGUUCAAAUGAAGCUUUAAUGAAUGCUGACUUUAAGAAUGCCUUCGAAGCUCUUCAUAGUAAGGUGAAACUAGUGAACGACUUCUCAUCUGGAAAGAAACUGAAGUCUGAAGGUUUCGACAAAGAGUUAAGAGAAGUAGCACAAAAUAUGACGAAAAUAACAGAUGCAGCAACGAGACAGGCAGUUCAAAGUGCCUAUGACGCCGUUAGAGCAACUGUUGUAGAAAGUCAAGAAAAAGAGUUACAACAGACCAAAACAGACCUAGUAAAUGCUUUCUUAAAAACGAAAAGUCAGGUAGGACAUUAUGCUGCAGAUGGAACAUAUGUGCCAGCUGGUGGAACUUAUAUACCACCAAACCCUCCAAGAGAAGCACCUGCACCAGGACUACCUAAAACAUUUACAUCGUCACAUGGACACAGACACAGGCAUGCACCAAAACCAACACAGCAACCAACAGUUCAAAAUCCAGCACCACAACAACAACCAAAACCAACAGUUCAAAAUCCAGCACAGCAACCAACAGUUCAAAACCCUGCACAGCAACCAACAGUUCAAAAUCCAGCACCACAACCAAAACCAGCACAACAACCACCUCCACAACCAGCACAGCAACCAACAGUUCAAAACCCUGCACAACAACAACCACAAACAGAGCAAGGACAUAAAAGAAGUAGAGAAAAAGGAAACCAAGAAUUCUUAAAAAUGCUUAAGGAAGAUUAUGGUUACCCAGAUACUCUUGACUUUAGUGACAGAUAUAAAGAAGCUAUUAGAAAGUUCAAGGAAGGAAAUACUGACCCGAACCUAUUUAGCUUUAUGGUUCAGCAUCAAAUGGGAUA